AUGCUCUGGUAUCUCCUCUCUCCUCUCAGAGGCACCACGCAGCCGCCUCGACUCUCCCCAAGUCAUCCAGUCCGACGGGCCUUCUACCGCCAUGGCAAGACCACCUCUCAGCAUUGGCUCAUGGCCAUGCUGGUCACUGUGGCGAUUGCCAUGGGUUUCUCCUACCCCACCAUUUUUCUCGCGGAAAACCCCACUGCCGGCCUCGCUGCCUACCCUCACCAUGCCUGGACUACCGUCAGACCAAUCGCCAAUGGGUCGGCUGCCGUCGAUAUCGAGUUGAGGCAGAUCUGGGUGCAUGGAUCGUACAUGAACGCCCUCUCCAAAGAUGUCCUGAAGCGUGGUCUGGCCGUGCAGCAGAGGCUCGUUGGUCACGAGGCCCUCGGCGACACCAUGCAUAGCCUCGACGACAAGCUCCGGUCCAGCGCCGUUCCGUGGGCGUUUCAUUCGCCGCUUAUGUACUGGAACAACUCGGCCGAGCUGAUUGAUGCUGAUCAGAAUAUUCUCAGCACCAUCAAUGACCAAAAGCACAGCUCUUCGUCACUCGAUGUAGCACUGCGACCUGCUUCUGUCUUCGCUGGCAAGGAGUUCGACAGGAACAAGCUGCGUGCAGCAGAUGCUCUCGUGAUUACUUUGAUGAAUAAAGGUGGUGGUGCGAUGGGCGACAGAUGGCAUGACAAGAUGCAGACCUUGGCUGACGGUGCUUGUCCCGGCUGCACUCUGUUUCCAGCUGACGGCAAUGUCACACGCAACCGCGUGUACGAGUUCAGCUUCACACCCUUGAGUAUCUCGGCGCAUCUCGCUCUGACAGUGGCAUACUCCGCCAUGGCAAUAUACGUGCUCUUGAGCUUCCGUAGACUGAGAGCUUUUCACAGUCGUGGUGGUCUUGUGGUAACUGCCAUCACACAGAUGACUUGCUCCAUUCUGUCCAGUUUCACUAUCUGCCACAUUCUCAAGAUCAACCUCAGUACCAUACCACAGAAUGCUUAUCCAUUCGUAGUCCUGGUCUUAGGUGUCGAGAACAUCUUCAGACUGAUUAAUGCCGUGCUCGCCUACUCGCCGACAAUGGCUACAGAACUACGAAUUGCAAACGCUCUGGGAGAUAUAGGACCAGUGUCGGUGGCUGCUGCUGCACAGAACUUGACAGUGCUGGCUUUGCUGUCCACAGUCGUGUCUCCUGGUGUCGCCGCUUUUUGUGCCUUUGCAGCGAUCGCCACCCUUUUCGAUUCCUUUUUCCUUUUGACCUUUUUUGUCGCAGUGUUGAGUGUGGACAUCAGGCGUCUGGAGUUGCAAGAUGCCAUCGCAGCACGGCACCACAAGUCUCGACGUGAAAAGCAGUCGCGGGCGACACCGCACCAUACUUGGAUGGAUGCUCUGUUCCAAGGACGAUUACCAUUCAGUACACGUAUGGCAGGGACAGCUGUCACGGCCACAUUCGUCCUGUCACUCAAUUACCACUUCUUCGAGCGUAAAGGAGCUGGUGCCACCAUUCGAGAUGUGCUCAAUUUGAUGAAGAGUGGCUCCGGUCCGCUCACUGAAGACACUUUCGCACCACCGCCGAUGAAUGCCAGUCUCACACCUACGGAGUGGAUGAGGCUACAGGACUUCGACACGGCCAAGGAGGUAAUGCGACUGGCGAAGCCUGGUGCUGACAGCUUCGUGAUUUGUCUCUUCGCGCCUCUCAUUGUGGUACUGGGAGGCUCUGAUCGUACUGCUGUUGGCAGCCAGGCGUGGACAGACACACUACGCAGCUUUGCUGUGCAUCACUUCUAUCCGGUCAUUGUGGCCAUCAUCUUCACUGUAGCUUUCGUCAUGUUACUCAUGAACUUCCUACUCUACAAUGCCGGAGACGAAGAUCACGAUCUUGCUCUCGAGCCCAUGGAGGACACCUUGACCUGCGAUACGGUCGUCCUCCCGCACAGGCUAGAUAUUGUGAAGAUGGCUACGAGCGAUACCGGUCACGUGAUUACAGUGGCCCUCGAUCGCACGAUUGCCGUCACGGUCGUCGACACGACACAGCAGUCCUAUCGAACCUUUGCUCUGCCAGCUCAUGUGCUCCAGCAGAUCUCGUGGCCCAUUCGACACCUUGCCAUCGAUGACGCGGGAGAGUGGAUCGCCUGCCACUGCUCCGACGACCGCAUACUUGUGUACAAUCUCACUCAUGGCUCCAUCAUGUCGAAUGUCACUCAGUACCCGGAUGACCACGGAGCACGAGUCUUCACAUUUGUGUCUCUGCCAUCCAGCGACGGCAUGAAGCUACACCUUCUUGUCCUAACGUCAGGAGGACGACUCGCCAUGAGCUGCUUCGAGACUGGUCUCAGUCAGGGGAAUGAUCUAUCACAUCUCCCGCUUAUGGGUGCUGCUAUUGUGGAUACUUUGCAAGGUCGUCAACUCUACAUUGUCGGAAUGGAAGCACACAUUAAAGCUUAUACUUGGACGGGAAGUAAUUGGGCGGUCACCAACACUGCGCAACUACAGAUCGAGACGGAGACAGGGCACCUAGGCGCUCAUCUCACGGAACAGGUAGAGAUCCAAUCGUACCGUGACCUGGAUACUGAAUUGAUUGUUGUCACCACUUCCGCGUCCGCCAUUUUCCUUGAUAGUCUUACGCUGGCGCCCAUUGCCAAAUUCGACUUCGAGACUGGAGAGAAAGACGGGAAAAGAGGCCUGGCCAGCCGCGAGUGUGUUGGAGUUCGCAGUGGUGGUAAGCUACUGAUGGGAAGUUCACGGCUUUGUUCGGCUUGUGGCAGUCUUGCCUUGCGUAGAGCCGCCAUCGCCAGCGACAGACCGGAUCGCGAAGAUGUAUGUAUCGUGAGAACAUGGUCAAUCAAUCGCAAAGACGAUGAUGAUGACGACGACGACGACGAUGGCGAACCUUGCAUCUGCCUGGCGCAGCGCUCGGCGUCUUGCCACGCGUUCAGUCCCGAGAAUUACGACACAUAUUCGGUACCUUCACCAGGCGUUUGGAGUACGACUGCAAAAGACCAAGUGAUCAUCGGCUUGCGCAAGCGACCCCUGCAAGGUGGUGCACCAGGCAAAAUCGAUACAUAUGCAAGCAGCAAUGGGAGGGAAGCAACUCCUGCCCAGCUGCGGCAAAGAAGACGCGACCUCCGCCAACGUGCAGCACAACUGGAUGCCGGCGAGGAUCAAGUCUGGGAAGCAUACAAGCUGUCCAUCGAUGGCGAUUUGCAAAUUCUGGAGCUUCCGCCGCCAGAAACAGAUGCACUCUACGUUCAUAAUGCUGGACCAGUCCAUCCCCUCGACUGCCAGAGUGUGGUAGUGGCAUUUGGAAACUGUAUCAAAGUCAUUCGUAGUGCGAGAAGAGCUACGGGUGUCAGCUCCCGAAGCUCUACGAUCACGACCACUGCUAGUACUGCUGCUGCUGCUGCUGCCGCCGCUACUGCUACUACUACUUCUGCUCUUUUGUACAACAGAUAACAACAACAGAGAAUGAAGUAUGCGGAUGAUUGUGGAGCAAUAUUGAAAGAGAAUAUGCAUGUGUUCGGGGGUGGAAGCUCGAGCCAUUUCACAAUUAUCUUAUGUAUCGGUUGCACGGAGCGGAGUACAUGGUAGUUGUGGAGAUUCACUGGGGUCCUAGUCCUAGGGGAGCAAGGAUGGUGUCGUGGAGUACAUGGAUGGAGUAGGCCUGCGGCCCUGCGUCCAUCUUCACAUCUCACCUGCCUCAGAGUACAUGAGUGGCACCGUCAACAAAGUACCUUUGAUAUUCCAGUAUUCCUCAGCCGCAAUUACGAGAGAGAGAGAGAGCAUACUCGUGGUCUUUAUACAAGACGAAGAUGGCACGACAUGAUGUGCUCGUUUUCGUCGUCGCGGUCUCACACAACAUCCCAGCUGUUUUUUUCCUUCUUCUUUCUUCUGGGGAAAACAAGUCGGGAGCAAGAACAGACUGGAUGUGCGAAGUACAAGACCGUAGCAUGAGGUGGCUCGAUAUAUACUAGACACUGGAGAGGAGAGGUUGGAAGAAAGAGAAGAGAAGAAGAAGAAAAAUGCUGCAAUUAACAAUAACAACAGCAACGACGAAGACGACGACGACGACGACGCACAUGAUUAUUUUCGUUAUCCUAUCACCUCCUACCUCCUAGGUACAGACUAUAUACCAGCAGACACGACAUGCCACGACCACGAAUGGAGCACGCACGCACGCACACAGGCAGAUGCAAUGCAAGUAAGGUAAUGUACCUUCGUGGAGUGUAGUCCCGUGCCCGUCCCGUCUAGCAAACAGGGUCCGCAUCCUUUCAGCCCACAAAUCCUACCUUAUAAUUUGGUGGCUUGCACGAGGAGUCACCUGUCCUGUAACAGAAAUAGCGAUGAAAAGAUAUUUAUGGGAAGAAAAGGGUCUUUUGGUGUGUGUAUGUGUGCCUGUUUCACAACACUACAACACCGCGUCCGUCGGGCGGGUGCACUCAGCUUGUCUGACCUGACUCGUGAUUGAGACAAUCCUUCAGGUUUUCUUUUUCUCUCUUUACCUCUCUUCAUUAUUAUUGUUGCCUGCAGGUAACUCCUAUGUUCAAUUCAUCUGAGAGAGCAUCCUCCUUUUCCCCCCUUGCAAUCG